AGGAAGUGGGAAGUAAUCUCCCCAAUCUACACACAGAGCAGCGGACACAUACAAGUUUCCACCUGUCAAACUAACAGGCAGUUCCAGCGUUUCAGUUACAGCUGGACAUAUUGGUGGAAGAGGAGACAGACGAGGAAGUGAUGGCGACAGGAGAGCUGAACCCCAAUCACUACCAGGCGCAGAGAGCAGCCAAAGUGGUCGAACACUACCUCAACACUCGAUACGGCUCCCCAUACCGGCUGCUGGGACUGCACAGAGUCCACAGCGGAAAUGCAGAGGAUGUUGAAGACUCUGGAAGAAAGUAUCAGCUGGAGAUCUCAGUGCAGGAGAUAAUCAGCAAUACGACAGAGAAAUGCUCUGCAGAGGUUUUGUUUCCGAGGGGGGGGCAGCAGCGCUCUCCUCAGGUCCAGGCCUCGUGUGAGGAGCUCCUUAAAAUCAACACCACAGCUCAAGAAGAGGCCUUGUACCAACAGUACAAGAUGACCCAGAGCCUUUUAUCUGCACACAAUUUACCUGACAGCUACGGUCACAUUGAUCCCGACAUGAAGCCUUUCUGGCACCUCUGCAUCGUGGCCUCCAGCUUCAUCAUGCUGAAUGAGUCCAGUGAGAACACUCUGUACAACAUGGCUCAGGUGGCCAACAUCACACAGCUGGCAACUGAGAACCACCAGUUGACGUUUGACUGUCAUGUACUGCUGCAUGAGAUGGUGUCCCAGGAAAUCAUUCACUGGAAGCUGCUGUUCACAUGGUCUCCUCCAGAGGGCGUUAAAGUGCAGCAGAUGGAGCAGCUGCCACACUGCCAUGAUUGUGAAAAACCUCCAAACACAAACUGAACUGCUGACAUUCAUCACACUGCUGCCACAACAAACAACAUCCUGACCCACCUCUCUUGUAGAUGAAAUGCUGCAAAUAAAAAGCCAUCAUAUAUAAUGAUGACAUUAUAACAUUCUGCUACCUUAGCAGUCAUUUUGGUUGCUAUUGGUUCUAGCCAAAAUAAACUGUAUACAGACUA